AUGUCCGUAGCACAGUUGAUAGUCGAAGAGCCUAAUUCUGAGCUGAAGAGAGCUAGAAUAGAGAUCCAACCGGCUCUGAGAUUUUCGGAUGAAGACAAGAUAGGAACCAUCCAGCCACAUGAUGAUACUUUGGUGGUCACCCUCAGAAUAAGAGGGUAUAAUGUGAAGAGGGUGAUGGUAGACCAGGGUAGUGAUGUAGAGAUUAUGUACCCUGAUUUGUAUAGAGAGCUAAACUUGAAGUCUGAGGACCUGACAGCUUAUGAUUCACCUCUAGUGAGCUUUGAUGGGAAAGUUGUCAUCCCAAAGGGUCAGAUUAGGCUGCCAAUGCAGGCAAGGUCAGAGGUUGUUGAAGUGGAUGCAUACUCCCCCUACACGGCCAUUGUGGCCAGGCCUUGGCUUUAUGCCCUAAGGGCCGUUUCUUCUACUCUGCAUUUGAAGGUGAAAUAUCCAUCAGAGAAUCGAGUUGAAGAGUUUAUGGGGACCGAGGAGGCAAAGUGUGAGGAUUUAGAGAAAGUUUUCGUAGGUGAUAACUCGGAGAAGUUUUUUCAGGUUGGGGCUCAGCUACCUCCUCAGGAGAAGGAAGAGCUGGUAGAGUUUCUCAAAAGGAAUGUUGAUGUGUUCAUGUGGAAUGCUUAUGAAGCUCCAAGGGUGGAUCCGAGCUUCAUCUGUCAUCAUUUGAAUGUUAACCCAUCAGCCACCCCCAAAAAGCAACCACCUCAGGGCUCAUCUAAGGAUCAUACUAACUCUGUCAAAGACGAGGUGAUGAAACUUAAACAAGCUGGGGCUAUCAAAGAAGAGUUCUACCCUAAGUGGCUUGCCAAUAUUGUGGUUGUGAAGAAGAAAAAUGGAAAGUGGCGGGUAUGCGUGGACUUCACAGACCUGAACAAGGCCUGCCCAAAAGAUCAUUUCCCCAUGCCUCAGAUAGAUCAGUUAAUGGAUGCCACUGUAGGUCAUCCUCAGAUAAGCUUUUUGGACACCUUUAAAGGCUACCACUAG